CUCGACAAAAAAAAGUGGAGUUUUUAAAUAGUAAGUAGAGCUAUAAAAAGGGGAGGAACGGCGAGGAUGAAGAGCUGUCGUCGCAUUGGCAAGCGGCAUCGGAAACAUGAAAUCUCAGGUGUUGGCAGCAGCAGCGUAUGCUUGGAUCGCCUCAUCACAGAUCCUUGCCAGUCCCAUUAGUCUUUCCCUUAAAAAAUGGCAUACGAUCGAUGGCAAACCGACGCAGAUCAUCGGUCAUCGCGGGGAGAGGGCCUUUUCGCUCCCUGAGCAUACUCUUCCUGCAUACCAUAUGGGUAUCUGGGAGCAUGCGGAUUUUGUCGAGCCGGAUCUGGUUUUGACAAAGGACGGACAUUUUGUGAUUUAUCACGAUCUUUCCAUUAAAUCAAGUACCGAUGUCGCUGCACAUCCAGAAUUCGCUCACCUCAUAAAAAACGUCACCAUUCCAGACAUUGACGGAAGUGGUGGCAACUUAACUCUCACCAAUGACUGGUUGAUCCACGAUCUUACCUUGGCUGAAAUUAAAACACUCCGUCUCAACGUCGUUGGGGGAGGCCCGGACAAUCGGAACAUGCGGAAACCUGCCUUCUUUGACGGCAUGUUUACGAUCCCCACGUUUGAAGAGUACCUCGACUUGGUCCAUGCAGAUUCUGCCAAACUUGGACGUGAAAUCGGUAUUAUACCCGAGAUCAAGCAUCCUGCCUGGCACAAUGAGCACUACAAGAACCAGAACCCUCAUUUUAUGGAAGAUAAGCUGUUGGCUAUCCUCGACAAGUACGGAUACCCAUCAAACGGAAAGACGCGUGGUCCCGUCAUGAUCCAGUCCUUUGAGGCAGGAGCCGCCAAAUACAUUGGCACAAAGUCCAAGCUUCCCGUCGUUCAGCUUAUUUAUGGCAAUGUGGAUCUGCUUACUCCAAAGGGUCUGGACGACGUGGCAAAAUACGCCGCCGCAAUCGGGCCAUGGAAGGAGCUUUACACUGUCGGAGCGGAGAAUAUGUACAAGUACGAAGUGCUUGCACCUAUUCCCGCUGACGUUCAGACUCGGAUUAAAGCCAAUGGAGGACUGAUUGCACCCCAAAAUUUGAGUAAGGAGAUCAAAAAGCGAGGAUUGAAGCAAACUCCGUACACGUUCUACAGCAGCUAUGAAAAGGCCCUGUUGAACUGUGAUCGAGUCCAAGGAUGCCCACCGACACAGGACCGGCGCGUAGAAUUGUUUUACUUUAUGCGACUGGGCAUGGAUGGGCUCUUUGUGGAGAAUGUAGCAGAAGCAGUUGCCAUUCGGCAACAGUAUGCUGAUCUGAUUGAUCCCUUCAAGACCGGGACAACAUCUAUUGUAAAUUUUAAGCAGAACAGUACGUUUGCGCGGAGAGACGGAGCGGAAUGGAUGGACAUUCUGCGACAAGAGUUAGUGCGGACCUAUCCCGACCGGCUUGCCGCAGGAGGUCGUCGUUAAUGGGUUUAGAAAAACAGACGUUGGCGAGUCAUAAUAGUUUGCAGAUGUAAAAUUUAGGCCCCAUAUUAUCAUAAUACAUUCAUUUGAUUAUUCUGGU